CCCCCCCCCCCCCCCCCCCUCUCUCUCUCUCUCAAUUGCCGUCUUUCACUCUCGUCGGUCUGCUCUGCGGAGGAAGCAGCGAUUUCAGCCACCCAUCGGCACAAAGCGCGACAGCGGCUUCAUCAUUAUUUCCCGGCUUCAGCAUCCAGCGACCCAGCAGGUGACUGAAAUCAGUUGAUUUAUGAAUGAAAAAUGAAGCUUUUUGAUGCACAUUGCCAUAUCCAAGAUCCAAGGAUCCUAAACAUGGUCCCGAAUAUCAUUAGGAGCGCCGUGGACAGAGGAGUGGUCCAUUUUGCAGUGAAUGGUGUGUCGGAGAAUGAUUGGCAGACGGUAAAAGAGAUCAGCAAAAACUAUCCAAGCGUGGUUCCCAAUUUCGGGCUCCACCCUUGGUUCAUUUCUGACAGGAGUCCCAAUUGGCUAAAGACACUAAAGGAAUACUUUGAGGCAACACCAGAAGCUGCAGUUGGUGAGAUUGGUUUGGACAAAGGAUCAGUUGGAAAGAAGAUCGAUUUUCGUGAUCAGGUUGAAGUCUUUAGGCAGCAACUUUGCAUUGCCAAAGAAUUGAAAAGACCCGUUUCUACCCAUUGUGUCCGUGCUUAUGGGGAUCUUCUGGAGAUACUCAAAUCUGAGGGCCCCUUCCCUAAUGGCAUCAUUCUUCAUUCUUUUCUUGGGUCUGCAGAAAUGGUUCCUGAAUUUGCUAAGUUAGGUGCUUACUUCUCGUUCUCGGGGUUUCUGAUGUCUCUAAAAGAAAGCAAGGCAAAGAAAAUGGUGAGAUCAGUUCCACUGGAAAGGAUAUUGUUGGAGACCGACGCACCCGACGGGUUUCCCAAACUAUGCAACAGUCUAGAAGAUACUUUGGUUUUGACAGAAGAGGGGAGUGAAGAGAGGCUAAACCACCCUGCUAAUAUUAAAGCUGUACUUGACUAUGUGGCAUCUUUACUUGAAAUGAGCAUCGAGAAACUCGCAGAUUGACAUCCUGGGGUUGGGGUUAAAUGGGGCUAAUCGUGGUUGGUGAAGAGGAUGUGCUUCUAGGUGAAUUUUGGAAGCUUGUCAAAGGAGGAAGUGUUCGACGGGUUGAAAAGGUAACAACGUCUCAACGUAGCAUGUUUUAUGAUGUGUAUCUGUAUCUCAUACAAAGGGAGAUAGUUCCCAAGAAAGGAAGGUUAACCAAAGUUGUUAAGAUAGUGAAGAAAAAUAUUGCCACAAUGUAAAACAACACUAAUAGUUAUAGCUUUACGAAGAACUUGAGAGAAGAGAUCGUGGGAGUAAUAAGCCGCAGACUUCCCUUAAUUUAUUGUCACACGGUUAGUCUCUUGUACUUCUAUGCUUGUUCUGGUGGAUGAAGUCUUUCGCAUAAGAGAGAUGUGUGUUGGACGAGUUGUCGUGUGUUUUGAGUGAUAGUAUAUCAUGUUCUAGCUAACAGAAAAAAGAAAAGAAAAUGUCCAAACGUGUGGUCAUUGGGUUGGGUAAUAUGGUGCGGCUUUGUAAAUGUUGGUAUGAUUGGCCUGCCAUAAUGCAUGGAACACAGAGGGGCAUAUCUUCACU